GGGGCAUCUGCAGAGGGUCUUCCUGCCAGCCCUGCCCCCUACCCUGGGGAAGCGGCCUUUGAAUACCGCACCAGAUGAUCUGCAAGAGAUCUGGAGUCACCUCAGAAACGCUCAUGACAAUGGAGCAGAAAGCCCUUUCGGCCUUGGGUCCCCCAUCAGAGGUGAAGCUGAGAGAGGAUGUGGAAGAGCAAGAUGCAGGUGGUCUCGAGACAAAGGAGAGCCCAGGAGAAUGCCCUGGCCAGGCCUUUGGCAAGAGAUUCUGGAAAGGAACUGCACAAAGUCCCUCAGAUGAGGAAACUGUUGGCUCCGAGGUACGGCGACGGCACUUCCGGUGGUUCCGCUACCAGGAGGCUGAGGGGCCACGUGAGGUUUGUGGCCAUCUUGAAGAACUUUGCCGUCGUUGGUUGAGGCCUGACCUGUACACAAAGGAACAGAUUCUGGAUCUGGUGGUUCUGGAGCAGUUCCUAAGCACCCUUCCAAAGGAAAUUCAGAACUGGGUCAGGAAAGGUGGGGCAGAAACCUGUCUGCAGGCUGUUGCCCUGGCAGAAGAUUUCUUACUGAAGGAGCAAGAGGUCAGGAGCCAGGAAACACAGGCAAUGAAGACUAUUUCAGGGGAUCAGCUGAUUGAAGGGACCCUGCAAGACCUUGAGGAAGAUGGUAUCUCACUAGGCUCUGAACCGACAAUAUUGAUGCAUUCUGGAUCAUAUCCUCUUCAUGAUGGAAUGGAAAUGGCGACCCAGUUGUGGAAUCCUGUACCCCUGGAGAAGCUGGUGACUUUUGAGGAAGUGGCCGUGUGUUUCACUGAGGAAGAGUGGAGCACGCUGGAUCCUGGCCAACAGGCCCUGUACAGGGAGGUCAUGCUGGAGAAUUAUGAGAAUGUAGCCUUGUUGGAACAUCUCCUGAUUCCCAAACCUGAACUUAUCUGCUGGCUGGAAGAGGAAGAGCUACGUGAAUGCUACUCCAACACAGGAGAGAGAUCAGCAGGAUGGAAGCAUGAGAAUGAAGAGAAACCUUGUGAGAUCUGGGCAGAAAGAAUUAGGCAUCAAAACGGCAGACAGAUUUUUGGGUUCCAAGGUGGUCUGAAGAUGCAAGACAGAAUACAAGUAGAGAAAUGGAAGAAUGACUUUUUUUAUACUCCGGACUUUGAUAUCAAUGAAAUAUCACUCCAGCAAGAACAACAGAAAGCAAAGAAAAGGAACGAGUGUCCUGUGUGCGGACAAAUCUUCAGUCACAAAUCCAGUCUUGUUACUCAUCAGAGAAUCCACACAGGUGAGAAACCCUAUCAGUGUGCAGACUGUGGGAAGAGGUUCAACCGAAGGACACGACUCACUUCUCAUCAGAGGCUCCACACAGGGGAGAAGCUGUACAACUGUCCAGACUGUAGCAAGAGCUUCUGCGAAAAAUCAAGCCUUAAAGCCCACCAGAGAAUCCACACAGGAGAGAAACCAUACAAAUGUCUGAACUGUGGGAAGAGCUUUAGUCGUAGUUCUAAUCUGAUAACUCACCAGAGAAUCCAUACCAGACAGAAACCCCGCAAGCGCUGCAAAAGCAGCGAAGUUCUUUCUUCGAAAUCUAGUUUCCCUUCCCAUGAGAAAAUUCAAACAGUAAACAACCUGUGUAACCCCACACACUGUAGCAGGAAUAUUGAUGAUCUGUCGAGUCAACUCAGACCCGAAGAUAUGUACUCAGGGAAAGAGAUGUAUAAAUGUUUUGACUGCGGGGAAAGUUUUAACGAGAGGUCAAGCCUUUUUAUACACCAAGAAGUUCACUUAGAUGAGAAGCCCUAUAGCAACUGCCAUGUUGAAUUUUGUGAUGAAUCUGGCCUAAGGACUCAUCAGGGAAUCCAUGCAGGUGAGAAAACUUACAAAUGCACUGAAUGUGAGAAGAGUUUCAAUCGGAGUUGGAGCCUCAUUACUCAUCAGAGAUAUCACAGAGGGGAGAAACCAUACAAAUGCACAGACUGCAGUGAAAGAUUUUGUGACAAGUCCGGCCUUGUCAGGCACCAGAGAAUCCACACAGGAGAAAAACUGUACAAAUGCUUCAUCUGUGGCAAAAGCUUCAACCAGAGCACCAACCUUUUUACACACCAGAGAAUCCACACAGGCGAGAAACCAUACAAAUGCAUUGACUGUGGCAAAAGCUUUAACCAGAGCUCUCAUCUGAUCAGGCAUCAGAGGCUCCACACUGGAGAGAAACCAUACAAAUGCUCAGAAUGUGGGAAAAGCUUUACACAGAGUCCAAAUCUCAUUAGGCACUGGAAAGUCCAUGCCCGUGAGAACACAUUGUGCAGGGCUAAGAAGCUGCCUCCCCUGCAGGUGGUCUCUGCCUUGAGAAUGAGGGCUGAACAAGGGAACUCUUUGGCCACGGGUCUGCAGCUGGAGGCCGCCCUAGAACAAGAAGUGCAGACGGAAGAGCAAAACAUUGUGGUGGGGAAAGGCUUACCUGCCGCCCAGUUGGAGGGUAGCCAGGGACGCUGGGAAAAGACUGAGAAAGCUUUCUCAGAAAAGGAUCUUGACGGCUUACACGCACAAGAGCAUCAGAUGCUAACUCCGGAGUGUCCCGCAAAGGAGAAUGUCCCGGAGAGCUCGGAGAGGGAGAGCAGCUCCAAGAUCUGCAGUGUGGCAGAAGGUUUCUGGCAGGGGUACCAGGAAGAAGAAGAGUCAGACGAGCUGGGGCCAGUAACCUUUGAGGAAGUGGCAGUGCGUUUCACAGAGGGAGAGUGGGGCCUGCUAGAUCCGGGACAAAGGGCGCUGUACAAAGAAGUCAUGGUGGAGAACUAUGGGAACGUGGCUUCUCUGGAAGGACCCCCAGUGGCCAAACCCGAACUCAUUUCUUGGCUGGAAGAAAAAGAAGAGGCGUUUGACCAAAACUCUGAAGAAGGGGAGAGGCCAACAGGCUGUGUUCCAGCCAGUGGUGUGUGGGGCGGUAAAGGUAACACAGGACCCCUUGAGCUGCUCUCCAACAGAAGUGGAAGUGAAGAGGUGGAGACCUUGGGGGAUCAAAGCAAGGCAACAGAGCAGGAGGAAAACGAAUUUACAGAGAUGUGGAAGAAGAAAUCAAACGAUGAUCACAUUGUGACAGUGAUUGGAGAAAAGAAUUUUCAACAGGAAGGCCUCGUGUUGGAAGAAUCACUAGAAGCUUUACCAGGAGGGUCUCAGGAGACAGUUUCCUUCCCAACCAAAGCUACUGAGACUGACGACGGGGAUAGUGAAAGCGAAUGGGAACCCGGAGAGAUGUUGUCUGAAGAAACGGAGGAUGAAGAUGCAGACGAGAACUGUGGGAGUCAGGAUGGACCAGAGAGGCAAGAGGAAACCCCUGCAGUGAUGCGGAGAAGCAAAUCCCCUGGUAACCAAGGUAACAACUUCCCUGAGCAGAAAACGUACAAAGGAAAGAGAAAGAACCAAUGCAAAGUUUGCGGGAAAAGCUUCACUCGUAAGUCAAGCCUUAAGGUGCACCAGAGAAUUCACACAGGUGAAAAGCCUUACAAAUGUACCGUCUGUAGCAAGGGCUUCUGUGAUAAAACAAGCUUUCUCAGACACCAGAGGAUCCAUACUGGUGAGAAACCAUAUAAGUGCCCCGAUUGUGGAAAGAGCUUCAACCGAACCACCAACCUUAUCACACAUCAGAAGACCCACGUGGAGACACGGGAGAAAACGUUCCACUGCUCUAGCUGUAGCAAGAGUUUCUACAACAAGUACAGCCUAAAGACGCACUGGCGCAGCCACACUGGGGAGAAACCGUACAAAUGCUCCAGUUGCAGCAAAAGCUUUUGCGACAAAUCCAACCUUGAAGCGCACUGGCGAGUGCACACUGGGGAAAGGCCCUUUGAAUGCUCGGAGUGCGGGAAGACCUUCAGUGACCGCCGAACCCUCCUGCGGCACCAAAGGAUCCACACUGGGGAGAAGCCAUACAGGUGCUCAGAAUGUGGGAAGAGCUUCAAUGAUCUUGCCACACUCCUGCGGCAUCAAAAGAUCCACACAGGGGAAAAACCAUACCGGUGCACUGUAUGCGGGAAGAGCUUCAACCAGAGUUCACAUUUGAUCCGCCACCAAGCCACACAUGAGCAACGCCAGAAGAGCACCUCGCGUGGGGCUAAGGUGGCAUCAAUUGGAACCAAUAUCUUUCUAGACAUUGGCGAUUUUGCCCAGGAGAGCUACUACAGGUACACUCAUCCGACAGAAACCUUCCACUGGCCACUCCCAUCAUACUCCCCUUCCACAGAUACAGGAGGAGGCAGUGGCAUUACAAAUGUCUGGACUAUCGCAGAGUCUCCUGUUGGAGAUCAAGCCAUCUUAGUUAUGAAAGAACUCCCGGAGGAUCGGACCAUCACCCUGUAAACACUCGAUACACAUGAGGGGGUUCCUUUAUUCUUUUUAGCUGAGAUUUCUCCCUGUGAAGCACUGCAGUCCAGUCAAGAGAGGAUUCCAAACAGUAUCUAGAUGGUUGCAAAAGUGACAGUGGUUCCAAGAUUAAAUUUCUCAACCUCCAAUGAGGUUGUCUUAUACAAACAGAUCUGCUACCACGGACUGGUACAAAUGGAGAAAAAAAUACAGAUAGAAGCAUCUCUAGGAAGAUGCCAUUUUAGUUACCGUGGUGAAAGACAAGCAUGGGGUUUGUUAUAGUUUACUCCUCUGCCUUCUUGGCUUGGAUCCAUUAUCUUUAUUUAUUGGGGUGAUCUGCUUUUUUAACGUUCCUGUAGCAACGCAUGCCUUGGGAAGUGAGAUGGAUCAGAGAGCACUGGAGAUUAUGCAAUUUUGAAUAGCCUUCAAUGGAAGGUUGAAACUUUUGUUUCCACAACAGACUUUAGAUUUACUGAGAUCUGACAACCUACAGAUUGACUUAGAAAUCGUCUCCCUGGAAGAACUGACCAUGGUUGAAGGAUUUUUGCCUGCUCUUUCUUCUUAUAAGAUUUUCAAAUUGGGUCAUAUUUUAACAUGAGGGGAAAAGCCAAAUUAGAAAUAGGUAUUUACUAUUUGCUGUGACCAACAACACAUUUGAAAGAGGUGUUUUAAAAGGCUUGGUUUUCUUUUCUUUUUCUUUUUUUUGAUAAAUUUUAGACAAGGAUGUAGACUGUUAAAUUUGCAACAGCAUAUGUUUAAAAAGUUGUUGGGAAUAUAUCAAAAUGCAAGAGGAGAAGAAAUUUGCUUUAAAAAUAUUUAAGGGUGGGAGGGUGACGUAUGGAAAUGUACCAACCAGAACCCCUUAAUGGUGUCCAGCACAAGGGAUUAAUUUUUUUUAAAAAAAGUAAAUUCACACAGUUCUUUUAAAUCUUAUAUUCCAAGCUAUUUAACAGCCUAGACCAAAAUUUUCCUAUGGGCCUAGGAACUCUCAAUUGAAGAAUGGAAGAUAGCUCCCUUUCAUAGAACCAGUUUUCAGGUAUUCAGUUUUGGGAUAAGAAUUAUCCUUUGUGAAAUAUAUUUCUGAAAACUGAGUAUCGGUGCAUUUAUAUGAGAGAGGAUGUCUGGUAUUUCACAAGGCAUUGGCAUGCUUUUUAAAUAAGACGUAACAUAAAAUGUGUAUCCAUAUGUUUCAGCCACCGUUCAACAGAGAUUUGAUGUAAGGGUGUGAUGCUGUAGGUCUGUGUGGAAAUCAAGAUAUAUAAUUUACCCUUCAUUUCAUUUUAUUCGUUCGAUUUAUUUGCUGCCCUGCCUCUCACGGGCUCAGGGUGGUUUCUAGCAGAUGAAACAGUAAAAUCAUUCUUUAAAUAACAAUCUAAUGGCAGCCAAAACAAUCUUAACUACUAAAGAUCCACAAACUUUAUACAUCUCAAUCAGUAGAGCACAAAGCAACAAGAAGGGGCCGGGGGGCGGGGGAGGGCGUGGAGGAGAGGGAAGCCUUUUUGUUGAUAGAAAAACCGUAGCUGCCUCAACCAUAUGGCUGGUGGAACAGCUCUGCCUUACAGACUCUGUGGAAUAGCAUGAAAUCCCACAGGGCCCUGGUUUCACUGGACAGAGCAUUCUACCAGGCUGAAGCCAGGGCUGGGAAUGCCUUGGCCCUGGUUGAGGCCAGCCUGGUAUCUUUCAGGCCCGGGAUCACCAGCAGAUUGUUAUUUGCUGAUAACAUCAUCCUUUGGGAAACAUAUUGGGAGAGGUUCUCUCUCUGACUACUACCCCCUGUCCCCAACCCUGAAGAAAUAAGCACAGUCACUGUACAGCUGACCCACAGAUCCCAGCUUCGGUGAGACGGUGGGUCAAAAUGUCCUGGUUGACCAAGUCAAACACUGCUGUCAGGUCAAACAGUAACAGCAGGGCCGACCUGCCUCAGUCCAGGUGUCUCCAGAGUUCUCCUGGGGGAAUGGAGGAAUCUGGAUUUGGACUGUGAUGCGAUGCUGGGGUAGUGGGUUAUGCUUCCCUGUCAGGGCAUAAUGUGAUUUGCAGGGCAUUUCUGAUCAUAGAAACCAUGUCGGCAUGUCUACCCUGAAAUAAAUCACAGAAGUGUGUAUGUAAUUAUCCAUGGACCUCAUGGAACAGCCCUCUUCCAUUUCCCACUACAGCCCACUGAGCCCCCCCCUCAGGAAAAUUCUUUCAUGGUGAUCAGCAGACCCCCCCCCCCCCUUGGAGACCUGUGUGUGUGUGUGUGUUUGCAGUGGGAGCAGAAAAGUAAUGGAACUUCUGCCUACCCUCUCUUCCAAAAUCUGGAGUGCCAUUUAAGUGUCUUGGACUGUGUGGUUGUCUACAGAGAAGCAAGUUCAUUGAGACUUCAGAUCAGGCUGUAGGUAACACUGGAGUGUCAGUCGUAAUUUAGCUUGGGAAAAUGGCCCUCUUCACACACCCAGUUACACAAUUCUGUUCUAGGGCCUGGAGGGAAUUGUGGCCGCUAGUCAGAGGUAAAUUACAUACCUGCAGUUUUACCUGUGGCUUGAGCGAAAGUCUCCUUGGAGUUACUGUGGCCUACUUUUGAGUAAGGACUGUACCAGUAUUAACAAGACUUAAUGCUGCCAUCCUGAACAUGCUUAUUUGGAAAUAAAUUCCACUGAAAUCUGUGGGAUUUAUUGCUGAGCAAAUGUGGUUGGGAUCAGACUCUAGCGGAUUCUGGGAAAUUACUUUAGCUGGCAUCAAAAAAAUAUUGAGACUUGGGUCACCCAUGCAGGAGAAUGAGAUGGAGUGGGGGACUAUAGGGAAUGGAGACUAGUAUUGUAUGUCCCUUUGCAUUAAAAAAAAACCCCUUCCCCACAAGCAGAAAACCAGCACAGCAGGAAGAAAGGUUUCAACUAUCUCUGUUGGCUUGCAGAGCUGACUUUUCAUUUGGUAAGGGGCCUUUGAUACUGGGGAGUGUUUCCAACUGUGAACUGCCACCUGCUGUCUAAAGUAGUGUGGUCCAUAAUGGCCCUCAGUAUUCUCUCUAGUACCUUUUUCUGCAUGUGUGAACCAGGCCUUCUGGAGAAUUCCAGAUACCCAAGAAUUCUGGGAUUGCAAACAGGCCUCAGAGUAACCAAUCACUGACAUCUGGGGGCGGUUUUUUUUACCGGAAAUCUUAAAAGGAAAAAGCACCAGGUGCUAAUCGUAGUCAGAAGCCAGAAUUCACCCAGCUAGAGACUACAAUCACAGGUGACAAACUCGGGGGUCCUCCAGAUGUUAUGUACUACAGUUCCCAUCAUCCCCUGCCAGCAUCAUGCUGGCAGGGAAUGAUGGGAACCGUAGUACAUAACAUGAUGGAGGGGAUAAUGGGAACUGUAGUACAUAACAAUGGAGGGCCGCAAGUUUGACACCUGCUAACUGGUGCUCUUUUUUGUAGAUCAGAGCAAUUUUUUUCAAGCAUGGAAAGUUGAUUAUAUUGACAGUGCUGUGGAGCAUGGGAUAGUUGUCCCUUGGGGAGGGUACUUGCUCUCUCUUUAGUUUUUAAGUUCUCGACUUGUAAAAUAGGCUAGAGCAAAGCUAAUGGGAGGGUGAGAGGGGAGGGAAAUGCAUGAUAUUUUUUAAAAUAGUACUACAAGGCAGCAGAGUGUGAAUAAAGGGUCCAUGGGAUAUGUAUUCUCUUCCAUGAAAGCCUUAUGAGUUUGAUUAACCUUGUGAGCACUGCAAGAUCGCAUAAUUGUUAAAUAAACUUUCGUAAUUUAAAAAAAAUGUGACUAUACAAGGGGCUAGACUGCAUGACCCACUGAACGACUUAUGAAUCACCUCUUACCAACAGAGAUCUCUAGAACAGAAGCUAGAAUCGGGGAGAUAGAUUUGAGAAUCGAUUCCUUUCUUUAAAAUGCUGUAAGCUUUCAAGGCUGUCACAGAAAACGCUGACAUUUAUUUAUAGUUAAAAUGAAUAACAAACUCGCUGUUUGAAGUCAUUGGGCAUUUCCUUAAAAUGUUGCAGUGACAACUGAAAAGGCACACACUUUGUCAUGAUUAAUGUCAUCUUUUCUCCAGUUUCGUUCAUAUGUUUUGAAGACACUUGGUUAAUCUUGAGAUUUACCAGAAUGUCUCUAGAAAUUAUUAUAUCAUGUGGUUUGUGUUGUAAACUAUUCAGUGGCAAAGGUCAUCCUUUUACCUGCAAAUGAAGAUGGAAGCAAAGAUGAAAUGCAGUCAUUAGUGAAGGCAUUGCUUGAUCUUGAGAUUUACUGACCAAUGUCGGAAUUGUAUCAAAUUGCCAUUACACUUCCCUUGUAGCUUUGUUGGAUCAUCACAAAACUUCAGCAAAUCUCUGAUUUUGACUGUAACACGCAAUAUUCUGUAUCUUCGUUUAUUUUGGGUCUUAUUUGUAAUAGUAUUUUUUUUAUCUUCCUUACUUCAUAUUGUUACUAUUUAUGUCCUUUUGAAAUCUCAUUUUAACACCAUUUCACUUAUGUUGUUUAAAUAUGCUUGUUAGUUAAGCAGAAAAGAGCCCCUGUCUAGAGUACACUACACAGCGAUAUAUAAAGGUGAAUGCAAGCAAAAGCUGAGGAGAAGGGAAAGACUUGCCUGGUUGCCUUAGAAGAAAACGGCGAGGGGGGUUGGGAGGCCUGGAAGACCAAAAACCUGUUACACUUCACAAACAUUUGAAUGGGCAACUGUAAAGGCCUUCGGGUAUGGCUUUGUCAGCAACUGACAAAUGACCCUUCACUUGCCUGGCCCCCCGUUUCCUCAAUCUGUAUCGCAACCCAAAGGAGAUGGCCAUCUCCAAAUCAGCCCCUUCAUGUCCUGUUAAACUCCAUUGUGCGGAAUUUUGUGUGUAUGUCUUUUUACGUAGCUGGAUGUCCUAUGUGACUGCUUUUGUUAUGCAUGGUAAUCUCAAGAGGACUGUACUGUAUAUGUAUUUUAUGUAUUCGUAAAUAAACAAUAAUAAGGAAUAGUAA